GGCAAUGUGAACACCACCAGCUUAGUUAAAAUACCAUUUUCUGUCCCCAACUCAGCUCUCAUUAUUUGUCUCUAACCAAAGAAACUUCACCCAAAGGCACCGCCUUUCCAUCAACCCAGUUCCACCAUUCACCCUCCGGUAUGUCAGCUUCCAAUUCAUCCAAACAGCUCUUCUCCUUCUAUGCCCUGUUUUUCUUCUCCUUGAUUUGUUCUAUCAAAUCCGACGAGCUUCAAGUACUUCUCAAGCUGAAAUCCGCCCUCCAAAGUUCAAACCCCGAUGCUUUCUCUUCAUGGGAUUCCGGCCACUCUCCUUGCCGCUUCAGUGGAAUCACUUGCGACGCAAAUGAGACUGUUACACAAAUUGAGCUCUCCAACCGAAUGCUGGCAGGUGUUCUCCCGUUCGACUCAAUUUGCCAGCUUCAAUCCUUGGAGAAGCUCUCGAUGGGAUUCAAUUCCUUGUAUGGAGCAGUGACAGAGGAUUUGAAUAAUUGUGUAAAGCUGCAGUAUUUGGACCUCGGCAACAACGCUUUCACCGGAGCAUUUCCGAAGAUAUCCUCUCUCAACAAAUUGCAGUACUUAUAUUUGAACAAGAGUGGAUUUUCAGGGACAUUUCCAUGGAAAUCUCUGAAAAAUAUGAGCAAUCUUGUUCAAUUGAGUAUCGGGGACAAUCCAUUUGAUCCGAUUCCAUUCCCAGAAGAGGUUCUCAAGCUAAAGAAGCUGAAUUGGUUAUAUAUGGCGAAUUGCAGUCUCCAAGGGCAAAUUCCGGUAGGAAUUGGCUGUCUUACAGAGCUCAUAGACUUAGAGCUCUCUGAUAAUAACUUAUCCGGUGGGAUUCCAGCGGAGAUUGGAAAGCUUCAGAAGCUAUGGAUGCUUGAGCUCUACAACAACGAAAUAAGAGGAAAACUUCCCAGCGGAUUGGGGAACCUCUCAAAUCUGGAAUUUUUCGAUGCCUCAAUGAACUAUCUCGAGGGUAAUUUAUCAGAAUUGAGAACCUUGACCAAUCUAGUUUCCUUGCAACUCUUCGCGAAUCAAUUUUCCGGUCAAGUUCCAGCCGAGUUCGGUGAAUUCAAGAAACUGGUUAAUCUUUCUCUGUACAAAAACCAGUUAACGGGUCCUCUGCCUCAGAAGUUGGGUUCUUGGGCUAAAUUUGAUUUCAUUGAUGUGUCUGAGAAUUUUUUGUCCGGUCCAAUUCCGCCGGAGAUGUGCAAACAGGGGACGAUGAAGGCGCUGCUCAUGCUUCAGAACAGGUUCACUGGAGAAAUCCCGGCAUCAUACGCGAAUUGUUCUGGUUUGCAGAGAUUCAGGGUCAGCAACAACUCCCUUUCUGGCACAUUUCCGAGUGGGAUUUGGGGAUUGCCAGUUGUUAAAUUGAUUGACAUUGAGUUUAAUCAAAUUGAAGGAGAAAUUACAUCCGAUAUCAAGAACGCGAAAACUCUGGAAACAAUAACUGCCGGACACAACAAAUUAACCGGCGAGUUACCGGAGGAGAUUUCUCAAGCGGCAGCAUUGGUUAAAGUUGAGUUGAACAACAAUCGACUCUCCGGGCAAAUUCCAGAUGCUAUUGGUGAAUUGAAGCACUUGAGCAGCCUCAAGUUACAAAGCAAUAGCCUCUCCGGUUCCAUUCCGGCAUCGUUGGGCUCCUGUGUUUCUCUCAGCGACGUAAACGUGGCUGACAAUUCACUUUCCGGUAAAAUCCCAUCAUCUUUAGGGUCUUUACUGACGUUGAGUUCUUUGAAUUUGUCCAACAAUAAACUUUCCGGUCAAAUCCCGGAGAGCUUGUCGUCUCUCAGGCUAAGCCUUCUUGAUCUUUCCAACAACGAGUUAACCGGUCCCAUACCACAGUCUCUGUCAAUUGAAGCAUACAAUGGUAGCUUCUCCAACAACCCCGGUCUCUGCAGUGAAAGCGUCAGGUUGUUCCCGCGGUGCCCAACAGAAACCGAUAUGUCUAAAGAUGUCCGUAACAAGACAAGAUGAACGGCAGAAUUGAAUGGCAUUAUUAGUUUUGGAGAGCGUGGUUUUGGUUAAAAUUUUAAUAUUUUUUAAAUCAAUCUAAUUUAAUCGAAUUAAUAAAUUUUUAAAAUUAAU